UAACGUCAGCUCGCAAGUGGGUGUAGCAUGAUCCAUCAUUAAAAGCUAAGUAUUUUGACUACUGUAUUAUGGCAAGGAUCUUCCAGACCAGAGGCAUUGUCGCACAAAGUAUGCUCAAAAUGAGCAAAAUCCGUUUCCUCCAUCUCGGAUAACCAUUCAGUUGAGUCUCUGAUGAUCAGUACCUUGUAAUCGCUCCUUGAAUUCGUUGAUGGAUGUUGAUGCGAAUUGAUUUUUCACCAUAUCAAUGAAAAAUCGUCAUAUACCGACUUGAGUUUUUUAUAUUACGCAUGCCAAUUCCAUCGAACUUCAUUGCCGUUAAGCUAUACUAUGCAUACAUACAUACAUACAUACGUGAAUUGCACGGAUUUGUGAUGGAAUUUUAUGCCUUCGGGAUCCGAAUAGCUUUGUGUUCAAGGCUAACCGAAUAAUUACUGCUCAGGAUAUUUGUUUCUAAUGUACAAGUUUUAGAGCCACAGCGGCAAUUGCGUAGUUAAUUAGGCCAUUAUCAUGUGGCCGUUAUAUUUUCUGUUCAACAAGAUUCCGAAGACCGAUGAAGAAGAACGGGCAGUAUCAGACGGAGAUCGUUUAAGGUUGGUAGAAUUACACCAUGAGGAGGUCUUGCCCCGCUCCUACUUUGUUGAAGUACCCCACAUAAACCAGCUAAAUUCUUGGGAUUGCGGCCUCGCCUGUGUUCUGAUGGUCCUAAAAUCUCUUGGGAUCACCUGUAAUUUUGAGGUGUUAAGUGAAUUGUGCUGCACAAACAGCAUUUGGACCGUUGAUCUCGCAUAUCUGCUGCUUAGGUUUCCUGUUAGUUUUUCCUUCUUCACGGUAACUGUUGGGGCCAACCCAAAUUAUUCUGGUGAAACAUUUUACAAGGAUCAGUUACCUAAUGAUUUGGGGCGAGUUGAUAUGCUAUUUCAAAAGGCACGGGAAGCUGGAAUUAAUAUAAAUUGCAGUUCAAUCAGUGGUGAAGAAAUCUCUGUCUUGAUUUUGUCGGGGAAGUAUAUUGCAAUUGCGUUAGUCGAUCAAUACAAGUUGAGUCAGUCUUGGCCUGAAAAUUUUAGUGUUCCGAGCUUAUUUGCCAGCAACUCCGGCUACACUGGUCACUAUGUCGUGAUUUGCGGCUAUGACACUGAUGCAGAUGAGUUUGAGAUUAGAGAUCCCGCAAGUUCCAGGAAACAUGAGAGGGUCUCUUCAAAGUGUCUAGAAGAAGCACGGAAAUGCUUUGGUACCGAUGAGGAUCUUCUUUUGAUAUCUUUGGAGAAGAGUGAGAAGCAAAACAACCCUUCAGUGCUACUUCAUCCAGAUGUGAAUAUUCAUUUGUGAUUUUUAUUUUUCUUGGAUUUUCGUCGCUUCUUAAAUCAUUUUCUUGCAUAUGUAAAAGUUCUUUGUUGUAUAGUAUUUACUUUUAGAAAUUUGAGUUUUUAGUUGUCAUUGUUUGUUAUCCCAGUAGUAAGCACCAGUUUGUAACUACUCGGGAUUGCGUAGAUUGUAGCUCUAUAAAGUAUUUUGUACAGAUCAAACAUGAGUUGUACAAAAACCAUGUAGUAAUUGCUUAAUUAGAAUUGAAAUUUGUGUAUUGUUUCCCAUAA